AUGCGACCGCACGCGAACAAACUACUCCAGGUCCUCUUCGUUUCCUAUUCUCUAGAAGAGAUCUACGUGCAGAUGCUGGAGAACAGGCAAUGCUGCAGCUGUCGGAAGCGAUGGCAGUUGGCCAUUCUGGCUAACAUAGGCUUCAUGAUCGUGUUUGGCAUUCGCUGCAAUUUCGGAGCCGCCAAAAAUCACAUGUUCAAGAACUACACUGACCCAUGGGGAGGCCAUCAUGUGCAUGACUUCAACUGGACUCGAGCAGAGCUGAGCGUGAUGGAGAGCUCGUUCUUCUAUGGCUACCUCAUCACGCAAAUCCCGGCAGGAUUUCUUGCUGCAAGAUACCCACCAAACAAGUUGUUUGGUAUUGCGAUCGGAGUGGCGUCAUUCCUGAACUUGCUUCUGCCUCAUGGCUUCAAUUCAAAGAGUGACACGAUGGUAGCGGUGAUUCAAAUCUGUCAAGGACUCGUCCAGGGAGUCGCUUAUCCGUCCAUGCAUGGCGUCUGGCGGUACUGGGCGCCUCCUCUGGAGAGGUCCAAGCUGGCGACUACGGCCUUCACCGGCUCCUACGCAGGUGCAGUGCUUGGUCUGCCGGUGUCCGCCUUUCUUGUUUCUUAUGUGAGCUGGAGUGCUCCGUUCUACCUUUACGGUUUCGCUGGCUGCAUAUGGGCUAUCUUCUGGUUUUCUUUAACGUUCGAGAAACCGGCUUUUCAUCCGACAAUUUCACAAGAAGAAAAGAAGUUCAUCGAGGACGCCAUCGGCCACGUCUGCAACACCCACCCUAAUUUCUCGUCUAUUCCGUGGAAAGCCAUUAUGACAUCGAAGCCGGUGUGGGCCAUCAUCGUGGCGAACUUCGCGAGAAGUUGGACCUUCUACCUUCUUCUGCAGAAUCAGCUUACAUAUAUGAAAGAAGCCCUUGAUAUGAACAUUAGUCAUUCGGGGAUUCUUGCUGCACUACCUCACGCUGUGAUGGGUUUGGUUGUUUUGGUGGGCGGACAACUAGCCGACUACUUACGAUCCAACAAGUACCUUUCUACCACUGCCGUCAGAAAGCUGUUCAAUUGCGGAGGAUUCGGAGGAGAGGCAUUAUUUUUACUUAUCGUUGCCUACACUAACAAAGAGUCGACAGCGGUACUGGCGCUCGUUCUGGCCGUCGGCUGCUCCGGUUUUGCUAUCUCAGGUCUGUAA